AUAGAGCACAUAAGAAUCAAUUUACCUAUGCAGCCUAUUCAUUUCUACAAAAUUAGCAGCAAGCUUGUGAGCGCUGUUGUACGAGUUCAAAAAGAAGCACUUGAACGCACCACGAGAGGUGCGUCUCAGGGCGCCGCUGAGGUGAGAAAAACAGCAUGAGUUGAUGAAGUCUGGCCGCACAGCCCUGAAAAUGUGGACGGAGAUGAAAAACAAAAGCAGCGCUCUAAUCAAUAACGGAAAUAGUUCAAAGAUGGUCGACCGAGAUCUCGGGGAGCAGUUGUCACAUGCUGUGCAGCAGAGCAAUGUUUCUACUGCAGCUGCCACUCAUCCCAACUCAAAGGACUCUCCUACUUUCACUAAUGGAUUGAUCCCGGGUUCCAUUGCAGCCGCAUUGUUCAUUGCUUUUUUGCUUGGACUGUAUGCUAUUCUGUGGAAGUGUAUGGUGUCACCGCCACAACGAAAACACAACAAGUUGAGGGUAAGAGUACAUCAGAGAACUUCUAUGUGAAGACAUGGAAGAUAUCUGGCAGCUGCUCUGUUGGUUAUCUUGGAUUUUAAAUGUCAUGGACUAAAGACUCAGAGCAGAUUUCCUCUCUGAAGAAGUUCCUUCAAAUAGAUUCAACACUAACAAAAGAAAAACUAAAUGCUAAACUAAAUGGAUGAGCCACAUGUGCCUCCUCAGCUUUACGGUCUGCUGGUGGCUUCUGUUUACUUAAAGAGUCAUGGUGACGUUAAACACUGUUUUGGCAGGUCAGUCUGCUUUUUCUGUUUUCUGUGAAUUCUGCACUACUGAGGGAGGCUACAACUCGCUCCAGUGACUAAUGAGCUGCAUGUAAAUGACUCUAAGACAGAAAGAAUAUAGUAUUUUUUUAGUAUAUGUAGCUAUUUUAGCUUUUUUCUCAACUGUACCAAAUGGAUCUUUAUAUUUUAAGCAUGUAUUCUUAUUUCGUUUUAGCAUUUCUUUAUAAUAUUUUGGAUUUCAUUAUCAGAUCAGAGUAGCAUCCACCAUUUUAUCCUGUUCUGUCACCUAGUGGUGCCUCAGACAAGCCUAUGUGCACAAUUGCUCCUCAGGAUUUUGUAACUACUGAAUGAGUCUAUAAUAAAAGUAUUUUUUACAUUUAGUGG